AACACCAAUUCGUAUCAUAUCUCCGAUAAUCCCAAAAAACCUUAAAAUGUCUGCCACACUAAAAUCUCUGCUCCAAAUUGGUGGUGGUGAGAAUGAGCACAACCCAUUAACCAUGUCCGAUGAGCAAAUCUUGGAGCAGAUUUACACAACCCAUGUCCACACUGACACCAAGUUUGAUGUGGACUCACUUUUCACCCUAGUUGAAAACACCCUUAGACGCUCAACACAAAUUGUUGACAAUGUUGUUCAGGGUUCCCAAGCAAGCGUGGAGAACAUAGAUGACAAAACCCCCCAACCCAAUUUCAACUCACCACUUUGUACCCUCAAGCAGAUUUACUCGGAGAUGUCAUGCAAGCCACCGGGUGAGGAAAUUGCUCACAAGACCACACUAGCCAUCCUCAACAAGCUCUCAAACUAUGAGUGGGAUGCAAAAGCGGUUCUCACUCUCGCCGCCUUUUCUCUCGAAUACGGCGAGUUUUGGCUGCUGGCUCAACAGCAGCCAGUAGAUCUUUUGGCCAAGUCAAUAGCGGUACUGAAAAGAGUACCGCUAUUGGCAAGGCCUGCGGCGGUGCAAAAGCACCGGCAAGCCAUCAUUGAGCUAAACAAUUUGGUGAAAACAACAUUGCAAGUGAUUGAGUUGAUCUUUGAGUUGGAGAAGCUCUCCACUUAUGAUCACAAGGAUGUGCCUGAUUUGGAGCCUGCCGUUGAGCAAAUUCCUGUUGAUGUGUAUUGGGCCAUCAUCACCAUAGUUGCAAUUGUUACUCAGAUUGAUUGCCUCACCACUGAAUCAGAGCACAAACAAGAAUUGUCCCACUAUGGUCAAAAGAUCAAUAUCAUCCUCAGCAAAUUGAGGAAGCAAAUCACGCUGUGCAGACAGCAGAUAAAUGAGGCAAAAUACAUCCAAUCGCUGAGGAAAAUGUUCAAAACCCCCACUGAAAUAACAGAGGUGAUUAAGUUCCUGAUUUUCGCAAACGAUGCCCCACAGCCACUGUUUGAUGGUGCCACCAAGACUACGGUUGACAUCAGUGAGCUAAAAAAGAAGAACGUGUACCUGUUCAUCUCCACUCUAGACAUCACCGAAGAAGAAAUUUCAAUACUCAAACCCGUUUAUGAUUAUUCAAUCAAAACCAACGACCAAUACAAGAUUGUGUGGAUUCCAAUUGUGGAGGAGUGGAAUGAGCAGGCACGCAAGAAAUUUGAUUCUCUAAAAAUCAAGAUGCCAUGGUUAGUGGUGCAACAAUUUGGAACCAUAACAGGGUACAAGUACAUUAAAGAAGAAUGGCAAUUCAAGAAGAAGCCCAUGGUUGUUGUGUUAAGCACUCAAUCAAAGGUGCUUCACACAAACGCAUUCCAUUUGAUUCAUGCUUAUGGAAUCAAAGCAUUCCCCUUUACAAAAUCCGAUGAAGAGAGGAUUCACAACGAAGUUCAUUGGGUUAACUCUGUUGUUUCCAACACUAGGAACCCCAUCCUAGAAUCUUGGAUCAAAGAGCAAAAGUACAUAUUCUUCUAUGGAGGCAAAGACAAAGAGUGGAUCCAAGAGUUCACAAAAUACGCAAGCGCCCUCACAAACGACGCCACCAUAAAGCAAGCAAACAUCACCAUCGAACUCUUCAACGUUGAGAAAGAAGACAAGAACUUCCUAAGCCGCUUUUGGAGCGGCAUAGAAAGCUUGUUCGUGACCAAGGCUCACAAGACCGUCGAUGAUGCGGUAACCAAAGAAGUGCAGAAGAUGCUCUCUUACAAGAACGAGACUGGGUGGGCCCUACUCAGCAAAGGGUCCUCCGUGGUCCUCAGUGGCCACGGGAGCACCAUAUUGAAGACCGUUGCGGAGUUUGAGAAGUGGAAGGAGGUUGUGGUGAAGAAAGGGUUUGAGUUCUCGUUUAAGGAGUAUCAUGAGAAGAUAGUGCGCACUACUCAUAGAUGCUCCCACCUUGAGAUUCCUAACGUCGCCGGCAAGUUGCCGGAGACUAUAAAGUGCCCUGAUUGCCCCAACACUAUGGAGAUUUACAUCAGUUACAAGUGCUGCCACAAUGGGAGUACCACUACCAAUGCUAUUCACUAGAGAGAAAGAGAGAAAGAGACUCAUCAAGAUAAUGAUUGCGUGGUUUUGAUUUGUGGGUGUUAACUACUAUAUGAUAGAGGUUUGAGUUACUGCUAUAUGAUGAUCACUCAUCAGAUGAAAUAAAAGUUACGGGUUCUCUGUGUGAGUUUGCUAUCUUAGAUGCAUGUAAUCUCUUUCUGGGUAUUAAUUAAUUAAAUUAUGGCUCAUUCAAA